AUGGCCCCGGGAAGAUGCACCGUGGAAGGUUGGACCUUGGAGAAGAAGGCAGUGAAAAAGGUCCUGCGCUCCUGGCUCCUGAUCUACACCUGUGUCUGUUCCUGCAUCUGCUGGGCAGUUUCUGUUCCAGAGCAGGGAGGAGGUGAGGGGGCGAAGCUUGGGACAUUCACUUGCUUCAGCAACGGUGUCCUCAGGAUUGACUGCCACUGGUCAGCUCCAGAGCUGGGCCAGAAAUCCAGGGCCUGGCUCCUCUUUACCAGUAACCAGGUGACGGACAGCAAGCACAGGUGCACGUUCUGGGACAGGACCUGUACCCUGGUGCUGCCGCCCGAGGAGGUGUUCUUGCCGACUGACAACUUCACCGUCACUUUCCACCGCUGCGUCAUGGGGCAGGAGCAGGUCAGCCUGGUGGACUCACAGUACCUGCUCCGGAGACAUGUCAAGCUGGACCCUCCCUCUGAUUUGCAGAGCAAUGUGAGCGCUGAGCGUUGUGUCCUGACUUGGAGCAUCAGCCUUGCUCUGGAGCCCCUGAGCCCAUUCCUCAGCUAUGAGCUGGCCUUCAAGAGGCAGGAGGAGGCCUGGGAGCAGGCCCAGCACAAGGACCAUAUUGUCGGAGUGACCUGGCUUGUCCUUGAAGCCGUUGAACUGAAUCCCGGUUCCACCUACGAGGCCAGACUGCGUGUCCAGAUGACUUUUUGGGGGGAUUAUGAUGACGUGGCAGAGGGGGAGUAUUCUAAGAGCCACUGGAGUGAGUGGAGCGAGCCCGUGCCCUUUCCCUCUCCCCGGAGAUGGAGACAGGGCCUCCUGGUCCCAUCACGGCGAUGGUCAGACAGCAUCCUUGUUGCUGUGUCCAUCUUUCUUCUGCUGACUGGCCUUGUCCAUCUUCUGUUCAAGCUGUCACCCAGGGUGAAGAGAACCUUCUCCCAGAAUGUUCCCUCCCCCGAGGCAUUUUUCCAUCCUCUCUACAGUGUGUACAAUGGGGACUUCCAGACCUGGGCAGGGGCCCACAGAGCCGGACCACAACCGAGACAGGAUGGUGUCAGCACUCCAUCAGGAGGCUCGGAGUCCAGCAUCUGGGAGGCUAUCACAGCCCUCACCUGCAGCCCCGCGUGCCCUGUGCAGUUUUCCGGCCUGAAGUGGGAGUACAUGGGCUCUGGCUUCCCAGAGCCCCCAAGCUCAGAGAGUGUGCUGCCGGCAGGCUGUCUAGAGCUGGAAGGACAGCCAUCUGCCUACCUGCCCCAGGAGGACUGGGCCCCCCUGGGCUCUCCCAGGCCCCCUCCUCUAGACUCAGACAGCGGCAGCAGCGACUGCUGUGAGGAGUGCCAGCUCUCAGCCCUCCCGGAACUCACCCAGAGCCCCGAGCUCACACAGGCUCAGCUUAUGGCCCUUCCUGUGUCCAGCAGGGCCUGA